GCCUGUUCAGGUCACGGUGAUUUCAUUCACCGCUCAUCGCGGGAUGGAUUGCCAGCGAGCCAACUCGAAUUCUUUUUGUUCUCCACUUCGAUGCGUCUUUUGUCGUAGCACCACUCGUCACUGUCCUUUCCAUGACCACUCCCUCUUCGCAUUUUGACCUCAACUUACGAUCCAGUGAAGCAUCAACACCAAGAAUCGCUCCUAGCCUUGCAGGGAUACGGCAUCGGCUCGCUCGCUUUGAUAAACCACGCACAGCAGCAGAAGACAUCGAUGCUUUCUGUGAUCGCUACAAACACGGCAUGCCUACGUAUCCUUCAUAUUUGGAAGGGUCAAUGUAUGCCUUACUUGUACAGGAACAAUACGCGAGUUACCGCAAGAUUCUGCCGCGUGUGAAUCUUGCGCCAUUGGCAGGAACUAAAGAUAGUCAACGGAUUUCUCUGCUCAACCGAUCCAAGGCCAUGACCGACAUUACCGCCAUGAAUCUUAUCAUGCAAGAUCUGCGUUUACCGACAGCCUGGAGUACUAAUGAUAAAGGAAGCUUGGUGGACAUCAGUGAAGAAGGUUUACUGCUUGCGUACAAAGGUAUUCUGGAAGAGGAUUUGGAUAUUUCAGCUGUCCGAGCCAACUUUCCCAUGCGAGCUCAAUGUGGAGUCUACUACUACGAGGUGGAAGUGGUGUCAAAAGGGACCGACGGUCACAUUGGCAUUGGUUUUUGCUUAGCCUCGAGCAGUCUUGACCGAUUACCAGGUUGGGAAGAUUUUUCUUGGGGUUAUCAUGGUGAUGACGGGCAUCUGUUUUCCGGCCCUGGAACCAGUAAGCCUUAUGGACCGCGAUUCGGCACGGGCGACAUAAUCGGCUGCGGCAUCGAUUAUCGCAACAUGACGGCAUUCUAUACGAAAAACGGUGUUCAUCUGGGUCACGCUUUCAGCAACUUGAUGCAACAUUCAUAUUAUCCUUUUAUUGGUUUCAAGACGCCGGGCGAGAAAGUUUAUACCAACUUUGGGCAGAAGCCCUUCAAAUUUGACAUUGCGUCCUAUAUGAAAGCCAGUGAAGCGGCGGUGCUCCAAACGAUUUCCAAUGUCGAUUUUCCCUCUCCCUCCACAUCCAAAGAGCCGAAAGUGGCGAAAACACGAAGGCAUAAUACGCUGAUGCAGAACCUUGUCCUCGAAUACCUCGCCCAUCAUGGUUAUCGAAAGAGUUUCGAAGCUUUAAAAACGUCCAUUACCUCAUCCGCCGACCAUGAUCACCAAGAUACCAUUGACAUCAACGCAAAUGAGAUGGAUCUACGAAUAGAAAUCAUGCGCGAAGUUCUACAUGGUGAUAUCGAACGUGCGAUCAGCCUCAGUAAAGAGCACUAUCCCGAAGUUUUCAACCGCCACACUCGUUUACUAUUUCGGCUGAAAUGUCGACACUUUAUUCGGUUGGUGCAAAAAGCACAUCAGAAAUUGGCCCAUACUGUCACGGAACUAGAAAAUCAAUACUCUGAUUUGGCGGUGGGAGACAAACGCAAAUCAAUAGAUGCCCACGAUGAUACCGGUGCAAAAAAACGGAGACGAUCAUUAAGUCUUGGUAUGGAGAUUGAUAUACGGGGUGCAGCGACAUCGGACGAUAUGGAUACCGAUGAUCCGGAUAACAAUUCGUACCUGCGAGACGCCAUGAGCUAUGGUCAAAAAUUACAUUCCAGUUAUUUCCAUCUAGCCAAAUUCUACCCUGAAUUCAGAGACGGUCUGACGGCGACAUUUUCCAUUCUGGCUUAUGCGGAUACAUCGCACCAGGAUGUGGCUGGAUUGCUGGAUCCGAUUCACGUAGAAAAACUGGCAGACGAGCUGAAUUCAGCGAUACACGAAUGGCAACACAAGCGUGCAACGUCCUCUUUGGAACAUCUGUAUCGCCAAAUGGACGUUAUUGUUACUGAAUUGACCAUGGGUGGAAUUGGCUCUGCAGCAUUGCUACGCCCUCCUUGCAAUUAUUUUGGUGGAAGUCAGUAAAUAUACAAUCGAUAUAUAACCUUUAUCACUGAACUUUUUUUUUAAGUAUAAUGAACACGAGCACACAUUUGCGCAUAAACUCAUAUUGGUCUCAAGGAUUUGAGGAAUAAAAAAAUAAAAAAAGUUUUAAGAUACCG